UAAAUUCAUUUUCGACUACGCUGUGAACGACGGAUUUUGUAGUCUUUAAUGAUUCCAAGCCUUAUAUCAAAUAUACGAGACACGUUUUAUUAUCAUGAUUAUUCUUUUGCUAACGUUUCUUAAUACACGUCGCGCGGAAGUAUGGUAGAAUUGAGAAGACGCCGGGGCCAUGUCUUCACUGCCAACAGAUCUUCCAUGAUGAAUAGAGCUGUGGCAACUUGCUGGACGUUGAUCCUGCUGUCCGCCUUCCUCUGUGACACCGUCGUCUCCAAAGGAGGGAGAGGAGGAGCACGGGGUGCUGCCCGCGGCAGUGCACGCGGUUCACGAACUCGGGCCCGCUUCACAGGGCGCUAUAGCUCGUCCCAAGCGAGGGUGGCGGCGGCAGCCGCAGCCGGUGCGGCGGUCGGGCUGGCCGCUGGGGGCUGGUAUGCCUCGUCCCAGGUCCGCCCAUAUGACAGCUCAGAGUCACUCACGGGUGACGAUCAGUAUGGCAACUGGACCAACAGCGACUUCUACAGCGCCAGAACAUCAGCCUCUCUGAAGCCUGUGUCUUCCAUUGGACUGGUUGUCACAGUGUUUUGUUCGAUCAACAUUCUUAUCCAAAUCAACCUCUAGGAAGCUGGCUUGUCCUACAGCCAAUGGAAAGUACACAUUGGAAGUAGGCUUGUCUAGCAGCCAAUGGGAAAUGAGCAGUAAGAUAAAUAGGCUUGCCUUUUGCCAAGGAAAACACCAUUUACUGAAGAAAUACCAGCUCGGGGAUCAGUAUUUUCAUUUGUAUUCACAUAUGCCAAGUGUACACAUACAAACGAUAGAAAUUAGAAUUUUAAUUAAUAGUUAUGCUAAUAAUCCUUUAUAAAGAACAAAAGCAAUGUAUGCUUGUAAAUACAUGACACAUGACAACAGAUAUCACUGCCAAGUUUUUAAUACAACAAAAGGUAAAUAAAAUAAUAAAUAGAAUAAAGUAGGCUUAACCACAAACCUUGGUUGUGUAAACAGUUUGGAAAUUGCGUGAAUGGAUGGAUCUAGAGCCACAGUAGAACAUGCAGAUGUGGGAAGAUCAAUCACACUAAGGGGUCACCUUGAAGAAUGAAACAAACCUGAUCUUUGCCCAAGGUUUGAAAAGAAGCGGUUAUUAAAAUCACAGCUAGGCCAGUCACUAUAUGCUGUAAUGGGUGUGGGUCAUUCAUUUCGGUUAUUUUUGAAUGUCUUACCAUGAAAUGUCCCCGUUGAAGUAGGUCAAGGCCAAACAAGAGCUUCUCUGGGUGUCCUGACCAACCUCAGACGCUUUGUGUUGAAGGUCCUAACAGCAUUGCAGUGUAGUAUGUGAUACAUGGUCUACAGACAGAGAGCUAGUGCAUGUUAUGUAAAAAUUACUUUAUAGACAAAAGUAAAUAUAUAAUCUUUAUAUCCUUUUUCUUAUAGUUCAGAUACAUGCAUUUAUUGAUAUUGAAUAGAUCUUUUUACUAUGUUAGAUACUGUUGUGAAUUGUACCAUGUCCAGAGCAGUGUUGACACUCGGAGCGCGUGGUGCUUGGCGUUUGUUAGGGGUGCGUUUAAAUACAGCUUAACAGCUCACAUUCACAGGACUCUUACUGAGCCCAAAGCACAGAGAAGCUGCCUUACGACUGACUUCCACACUGCAGCUUAACACCGUAACAUUGACACGUGUUCUGAACUGAUGCUAUUGGCCUAUGCUAAUACUUUGUAACAUUUAACGCGCAGUUACUGGACCUUUGAUACAGGUCAAAUUUGUGCAUUAUGUCAAAGAUCCUUUUUUGACAGGUUUAAAUAAAGAGUACUGUUAUCAAA